AUGUUGCAGAACUGCAGCGGCGGUGGGUCCAGAUGCGCGAGACGCGCCCUGGUCUUUGUGUUCGCGUGGGGGCUGGUGAUGAUCGCGGCGGUACAGUUCCGUCACGUGGAGAACAGUCUAAGGGAGACACCUACCGCCGAGGAAUCGGCCAGCGACAUGCUGGUGGACGACGUUUAUCGGCGCAGAGAGGUCCUAGUCAAUAACCGUGGCUCGUCCAGUCUCGGCCUCUCGAGGUACCUUCUGCAACGUUCGCCAGCGGACGCAAGUUUCUCUAAUUCCGCUGGUUCUGGUGUCCUGACGACUUUAACCACCCUCUCGAAUGGACCGACCAGGAAUCCGUUGGAUUUAGAACCGUUGCUGGACAAAAGACCGGCGAAGACAGAGGAUGAACUGAUCCGUGAGAUCGAACAGAGGCUGCCCAGCCUGCCACUCGCCUACUGGACCAAGAACGGCAAGUAUUCCAGCGGACAGAGCAAGGCCAAGGGUAACGACAGCUGUUCGAACCUGAAAUACCCGUCUAUCUACGACAUCGAGUUCAAUAACGUCUACUGGCAAACGAUGAGGACCAGCAACGGGACGUUUCAGUUCUUCGGGGCGUUCUACGAUCGUCGUAAGCUGUCCAGGAUCGGGCCUGCGAUCAGAAUCGUCGGGAUGAUCGAUCGGAUCGAGCCCACGGUGAAGACGCACUGUCAAUUGUGGUACGAUGGAGAAAGGGAGCCUCGGGUGGUCGAGACGUUGGAGUACAAGUACAUCUGGUACCCGAAGUGGGGCAACUACAAGCAAGGGAUCUAUCAGCCCUACGUGAUAGCCUGCAAGGUGCCUCAGUCGCAUUGGUCAAAAGGGCCGCCAGCCUCGGUGUCCAUGGUCGAGAAGCCCUGCGACACGCCCAGCAACAAUCUACGUGUGAUUUACAACAAGCCCGAACGUAAGAAGGACUUUGCGGUUUGCGUGAAAGGACUCGACUUUCUUCACGAAGACUUAUCGGUCCGGCUGGUCGAAUGGAUCGAGUUGAUCACGCUCCUGGGCGCGGACAAGAUCUUUUUCUAUCAGCUUCAGGUGCACCCGAACGUGACCAAGGUCCUCGAUCACUAUCAGAGCCUGGGCAAGGUGCACGUCACCCCGUUGACGCUGCCCGGUGGACAGCCAAAUGUUCCUGCGUUCCAACACAUGUAUCUCACCAAGAAGACCAACCACAAACGACAGAACGAACUGAUUCCGUACAACGACUGUCUCUACAAGCAUAUGUACGAGUACGAGUACAUCGCGUUGCUGGACGUGGACGAGGUGAUCAUGCCCGUCCAGGACGCCACCUGGCAGGACCUGAUGAAGAGGGUCCUGACGAAGGCGUUCAAGAUCCGUAACGAGACUCGCGCCUCGUACAACGUGCGGAACGUCUACUUCCUGGAUGACCUGUUGCACUCCCACGGCUACUUCAAGGACAUACCGAAGUAUAUGCAUAUGCUGCAGCACGUGUACCGCUCGAAGAACUUCACCAAGCCGAAUCAGUACAUCAAGUGCUUCCACAAUCCGGAGAGGGUAGUCACGCUGCAUAACCACUUUCCGCUGGCUUGUUUGGGCGCUGGAUGCACCAGCUACCCGAUCGAGACUGAGGAUGCUCAGCUGCAACACUAUCGCGCGGACUGUGUGAAAUCGUUGAAGAAAACCUGCGUCGAGUACAGGGAGAACAGUAUCCUGGACACGACGAUAUGGCGGUACAAGGAUCAGCUGGUUGAAAGGGUUACCAGGACACUGGAGACCCUUGGCUUCUUUGGGCCGAGCUAG